UUCAGACCAAUGGCAUCUCGCUCCUCAACGUACGCGCUGCAGACGUCGUUGCCUCACCUUCCCGUGCCCCCACUGCGCGCCACGCUGGACAAGUAUCUGCGCUCGAUAGAGCCGCUCGUCACCAAGGAGGAGCUGGAGAAGACCAAGCAGCUCGUAGAAGAGUUCGGCAAGCCUGGAGGUCAGGGCGAAGAGCUGCAGGCAGAGCUAUUGCAACGUGCCAAAGAGCGCGAUAACUGGCUGGCAGAAUGGUGGGAGCAAGUGGCGUAUCUGAGCGAUCCGACGCCCAACGCCUUGUUCGUGAACAUGGUGACGGGCUUCGGCUCUUUCCAAGACUUUGACCGGCCUGUGUCCCAGGCCAGACGAGCUGCCGAGACUGUGCGCUACACUUGCGAGUAUCUGGAGCGACUCAAACGCGAGCUGGUGCCACCGGAGACGAUGGGCGGCCACGUGCUGUGCAUGAACAUGUUCCGACGGCUAUUCUCCACCUGUCGCAUCCCGGAGAAGCCGACCGACCGAUUCAAGCGCGUGGAUCCAGCUACCAUUCGCCACAUCACCGUGUUCUGCGAAGGCAGAGUGUUCAUGUUGCACGUGUACGACGCCCAAGACGAGCUAUUGACCAUUGGAGACCUAGAGGUGCAGCUCCUGCACAUUUUGCGGCACUCGGCGUACCUGAAUUCUCUUCCUACUUCAAAGCGUGACGACGAUGACUUGCCGCAGUUCGUGGGGGCGUUGACAGCCAUGAGGCGUGACAAGUGGGCGGAGGCGCGUCAAGCCCUUGUGGAGUUCGAUCCGCUGAACGAGCGCAGCCUUGACAAGAUCGAAACGAGUCUCUUUGCGCUCUGCCUCGAGUCUGCGUCGCCCGAUACACCGUCGGAGCUGGCACGACAGUGUGCGGCGUCAAACGCUGGCAACCGCUGGUUCGACAAGAGCUUCCAGUACAUCGUGUUUGCCAACGGAAUGGUGGGGGCCAACAUGGAGCACGCGAACGCAGACGCUACGGUGCUGCAGUCGAUGUUCCGCUGGCUAGGAGAGCGCUAUUUGAACCGCGAUGGCGGCUACGAGACGUUCAUCGAGAGUCGCCACCAUUCACUGGAGUUCCUGCCUCCACCAGAGCUGCUGCGCUGGCGUUUACCCGAGGAUAUUGUGGCGAAUACGAUUCCGACGGCCUUGGCUGAGUUUCAACGCAACGGAGGCAAGUUGCGUAUGGUCGUAGUGAGGAACAAGGCUAUUGGCAAGACCAAACUGCGCGCGGUGAAGCUGUUCCCCGACACCUUCGUCCAAAUGGGCAUUCAGCUAGCAGGCUUCCGACUAUUUGGUCGUGUGGUACCAACGUAUGAGAGCGGCCACACGCGCAUGUUCGUCGAAGGACGCACGGAAACCAUUCGCACGGUGACCACCGAGCUGCUCGCGUGGCUUCAGAUGCAUGAUCAGCCUGGUGUGGAUGAAGCUGAAGUGAUUGACAAGCUCAAGCGCGCCAUGGCUCGCCACAAAGAGAUUUCGCUAGAGGCAUUGUCGGGUGAUGGCAUCGAUCGCCAUUUACUCGGACUGCAGAUCGCAGCCAUGCAGAAGACGGGGAGCCCGCCAGCGCUGUUUACUGAUCCGAGCUACGCGAAGAGUGGAGGGGGCGGCAACUUCGUGCUCUCCACGAGCAACGUGUCCGGGUACCCGUGGCUCUGGGGUGGAUUCGUGCCGAUGCUGCCCCACGGCAUCGGGCUCUGCUACGGCUGCGAAAAUGAUUUCCUCGCCAUCAUGAUCACCUCGUUCGACUCUAGCGACCGUGACAAGCUGCUGCCAGGCCCACCAGGUUCUCGACUUCCCCGAGUCACUGCACCGGAGUUUCAACGCGCGCUGUUCCAGGCGUUCGAAGACAUCUAUGGACUCGUUGAGCGCCACUACAAGCCGACAAACCCUACGUGCAAGAUGUGA